AUGCCUUAUUUCAAAUCAAACUUAAAUACCACCACCGCCACCACCAAUAACAACAACAACACACAGGUAACAAAUAAUAAACAGAACCGAUUUGGUGGUAACCAUUAUCAUCAUCAUCAAGAUACAAAGAAUUACUACGCAACUGGUCAACAAAACUAUCGUUACCUGUCAUUCUUUCCUGGAUUUGUUACUUCUGCCACACACGGAUUACCUGUUGCUUCUCCCUCUGCUGCUGCUGCUGCUUUUACUACUGCUGCUCCUACUGCAGUUCGCCCUAUUGUCAACACAAACUCAAGUCAAAUGACAGCCGCCAAAGAGAAAAAUAUCCCCCAACUUAAAAGUCCUCUACACCAAGUUCCUGAAGAUGAACAAGAAGAUGAACGGGAAUAUGGAGUGAGAGUGGACAAUUCACGACAACAACUACAACAGCCAUCACCAGGAUUUCAAAUCACCGACCCUGAUUUUCACCAUCCACUUCAAAAAUUUGAUAUAUUUGGUUGUAAUGAUGACAAAAUUCCUCGGAAUUUACCUGGUGAUGCUGAAUUGGAAUUCUCAAGAGCUGGUCACCACUUGCAUCAUAACAACAACAACGACAACAACAACAACAACUCUUCAAUUUUGCAACAACUACAAAUCUUGCCACCAGAAACUACUAUUGAUGUAUAUGACUUUUUAAAUCCACGAAAAUCAGCAAAUAUGGGAUAUAGAGAAAAGAUUCGCAGUUGGUUAUCGUCAGUUCCAUUGGCAAUUGCUUAUGAUGAAGAUUCAACCCAAUAUUUCAACCUCAAUUGUUACCCAGGAGUAGUUUCAAUUUCAGAUUCAACAACUGACUCAGAUGUAGGUGUUGUUAUUGAUUUGGGUGAUAUUGAUGAUGUAUUGGAAUUACAAGCACAAAAGGUUACGCGAUAUGUCAAUAGAUUGUACUUCAAUGAAGAAGAAAUUCCCUUGCCCAAAGGUGAAAAUGGUGAAAACUUUGAAGAAGAUGACUUGGUGGAAGAAGAAGAAGAAGAGGAAGAAGAAGUAGAUGAUGAGGAGAAGAAGAAGGGGCAAGAGCAGCCAGUAGAGGAAUACGAUGGGAGAGUUCCUCAAGAUGAGGAAGGUAUGCUUGGGGUUGAAGUUUAUCACCAUCUCUACCACCACCAACAGAAGCAACACCAGCAAGACAUAGCAUCUCCCUAUAAAAGUGCACAUAUUUGCAACAACAGGCAAGUCAACGAUACUACUGGCAAUAUGCACCCCAGUGGUGCACAGGAAAAUCGCACCUUGUCCCAAGUGGAAGCAAUUUACCCAAUUAGGGUCGAACCCACCUACACACAAUAA